AUGGCCUCACGUGGCAUUGUAUUACGGCAUAUUGUAUCUGAGCAUGGCAUAGAGGUAGAUCCUGCCAAGAUUGAUAUUAUUACUAAGCUCUCUUACCCCACAAAUGUGAGGGAGGUUCACUCGUUUCUUGGUCAUGCAAGUUUCUAUCACAGGAAAAAUUUUGAUGUGUUGAAAAAUGCUCUAUCGUGUACUCUGGUAAAUCAGGCUGCUCUUUGGGAUCUUCCCUUUGAGAUCAUGUGCGACACGAGCGACCAUGCUAUUGUCAACCCAGCUCAGUGCAGCUACACCACGACAGAAAAGAAGUUUUUAGCUGUUAUUUUUGCUCUUGAGAAAUUUCGCUCUAAUAUUAUUGGAUCUGAAGAUAAGAAGGGAUGUGAGAGUGUUGUCGUCGAUCACCUUAGCAGGAUUGCAGCUGAUGAAGGUUGUCGCAGUUCUGAUGGAGACUUCCCUGACCAUGUACUGAUGCAAGCAGACGGUAUUUCUAUAACUCCCUGGUAUGCUGACAUUAUGAAUUACUUGACCACUGAAUUCUGUCAUAAGUAUACAUGUGGUGGACACUUCAGUCCCAAGAGAAUUGCUAAAAAAGUUUUAGAUUCAGUGGACUAUGUUUCCAAAUGGGUGGAAGCAAAGGCCACUAUUACUGAUGAUGCUAAGGUGGUUGCUGGUUUCUUGAAGACUAACAUUCUGUGCAGGUUUUGCUUCCCUAAGGAAAUCAUUAGUGACCAAGGAUCACACUUUUGCAAUCGAGUCAUUGCUUCCUUGUUGAAGAAGUAUGGUGUAUAA